GUGUGUGUGUGUGUGUGUGUGUGUGUGUGUGUGUGUGUGUGUGCAUGUGCGUGGAUCCACCAGAAGGUGUCCUUGACCUCAUGCACUCAGGAUAAGCAACCGUUGUUAUUGUGAUAUUACAUGUAAUUGCUACGUAUGUGUAGGAACUGUGUUUCUCACUUCUUUCCAGGGAUAAAAUCACAGCUGCGAGAUUGUGACGGACAUCACAAGAUAUUUUAUCUUGUCCUAAAUUUACAUUGGCAGGAUUGUAAGGACUACAUACAUGCUCUGUAACAAUUAAUGGGGCAUGUCUUAUGGGACAAAAGCAGUCCAGUUGGCCAAAAAAAAGGGAAAGAAGUUUUAUUGGAUAUUCUAAAUCUACAGUUAAUUAUCUCUAAAAGAAGGGGAUAUGUGUUGAGUUUGGUGCAGCCAAUCCAGACAAAUUAGUGAAAAUGUAUAAUGCAUCAUCAGUUUAACAGAAAAUGAAGUUCAGAGAAAACUUUGUGAUUGUAAAUUGAAAUUAAGAAUUUACCAGUCAGCUCUUCCCCGACCAUGGUAUGUGUAAUUGUUUACUAUUUGUAAGCCUCUUUUUGUCAGUGUUUCAUGACUGUUCUGAGUGAAUAGUCAUGAGGAGCUCUUGAAGAGGUAAACAGCUAUACCAAACAUGAUGUGGUCAGACCCAGGAAAUCAGAAACAUUUGCUCUCAUUUGUCUGACAGCAACAAAUAUUAACUUCCUUGACAAAACUUAAACACUGACAUUUGUUGGACCUAGAAAGUCAUAUGUCUAGGUCAUAUUAAUACAGGUUCUAUAGUGUAAUAUUUUGGAUAUGGAUAGAUUAUAGGUUAAGGUAUGUAUUUACGUCACAAUGAGAAAAAUGGUAUGGCGCAAUGGUAAUGGUAAUGCCCUUGCCGUUUCAAAUCCCUUUAUCUCGGAAUGAACAUUUGUUGUGACACGCCCAUGUUCAUGUUUCCAUGAACCUAAUUUAAAUCCCAUUAUAAAGUUGUUAUUACCAUCUCUUUAUUGUGUAUGGUCUCUUCAAUAUAAGAAGGCCACUACAUGUGUUUUCUAUCAGGAUAGGGGAUAUAGUAUGUUGAUAUGAAUAUAUAACAUCUGAUCUUGUUACUUGUUGUUUUACUUUACUUGUACUUUACUAAGAUUGAAACAUUUGCCUCGGUUAACUUCCCAUAUUAAACCUCUCGUCUUGCACAGGAGGGGAGGGCUCUUCACUUCAGCUGUAAUUCCAUGUAAUUGUUUUUUUUUUUUUUAGUAUCCUGAUCGCGAGCCCUUUGUCUAUUUUUGUAUCCUAGUUGUCAUGCCAGGGGAUACUUGCUUCCUGAGCAUGGUCCUCCUUUAUUAGGAGAGCACCAGACACCAGAUAAUUUAGUUUACCCUUAGUGCAAACCUUGCCAAGAAGAGGUUGUCUUUAUUUAAGGGAAUUGGUAAAUAAUGUUGGUUUGCUUUUUCAUGGAGGGACAUGAGGUUUUUGGCCAAAAAGUAGGUUGAAAGUUGGCUUAAGUGUAAACAGCACUGAUUUGUGAGGUGAAUGCCAACACGUCUGUUACAGCAGUUCAGUCACAUGACGAAAGUUGUUUUUUCCUUCCUGGGCUAUGAGUAAUAAGAAAAGUCUUAUCUUCAGGAUGGGGAACAUUUACAGAUAACUUCCUUUGCAGCUAUGCUUGCUUUCUUGCCCACACCCACACAGAGUUCACAGAGUUGUCAAAUCGGAGAGCAGUCAGUCCUAGGACUGUGUAGAGGCCCGCGGAUCAAAGAACAGCAUAUCUGAGGAACUUCAAGUCCAGGUUGUGACGUCUUUCCAUUGCUGUUUUUUAAAGGUUGUUCUCAUGAGACCUCAGGAAUGGAGGAGACCGUUUGGGAGCAGUACACUGUGACACUACAGAGGGACUCCAAGAUGGGCUUCGGGAUUGCGGUGUCUGGGGGCCGUGACAACCCAAACGCAGAGAGCGGGGAGAUGUCCAUCAUCGUGUCUGAUGUGUUGCAGGGGGGCCCAGCCGAUGGCCUACUCUGCGAGAACGACCGGGUUGUUCAGGUCAAUGCCAUCCCCAUGGAUAACGUGCCUCAUUCCUUUGCUGUGCAGCAACUCAGAAAAUGUGGGAAAGUGGCCAAGAUUACGGUGAAGAGACCCCGCAAAGUUGCUGUCCACGCCUUCAAGCGCCCCCCAUCCCCCAGUCAGGACAGCCGCAUCUACAACAGCUCUGGCUACUACGCUGACGACGGGCGGAGCAUCCACAGCGCUGGUGACAAUGACCCCGGCUGGCAGCAGCGGGGCAACAACAACAACGGUGGCCUGGGCUACACCCGCGAACGCGACCACAGCCCUGAGAAGGGCCGGGGUGGUGGUGGUGGCGGCGGCGGCGGCUAUCUGGAGCCUGACUACGAUCGCAGCUAUCGGCGCGAGACCAGCCGGGGACGCAGCGCAGAAAGGUCGCCGAGCCCCAUCGACCGGGGCAACCGGCGGGACGCCAGCCGAGGCCGGGCUCUGGAGAGAGGUAACAGCCCGGAGCCGCGCUACCAGCGGGAGCGCAGCCGGGGCCGGGGCAGCGGUAGCCCUGGGGGCGGCGGAGGAGGGCAGGGCUAUGAGACCCGGCGGUCCGAGCCGCGGGAGGAGAAGAUAACGCGCAGCCAAAGCAGGGACCGGCUGCAAGAGCACUCGCCCUCGCCCUCGCCCAGCCACCGGAACCACUUGGACCCUUUGGAGAAGCCCGUCAACGUGAUGCUGGUCAAGAACCGGGCCGACGAAGAGUAUGGCCUCCGCCUGGGCAGCCAGAUCUUCAUCAAGGAGAUGACCAGCACCGGACUGGCCUCGCGAGACGGCAACUUACAGGAGGGAGACAUCAUCCUCAAGAUUAAUGGAACAGUCACAGAGAACUUGUCGCUGAACGACGCAGGGAAACUGAUCGAGAAGUCCCGCGGCAAGCUGGAGCUGGUGGUGCAGCGGGACCGCAAUCAGAUCCUCAUCCGCAUGCCAGCGCUGGUGGACAGCGACUCUGAGCCGGAUGACCUGUCGGAAAUCGAGUCGUACCACUCCUACUCUCCGCAAGAUGACCAAAGGUCGAGGCAGUCUGACCUCUCGUCCCACUCCUCCAAUGAGAUAGCGCGAGAAAACACCAGGGAGGAAACCACCAGCAGACUGAUAAAGAUGGGCGCCAUGGGCUCACCCUUCAGAGUUCCAGGGAUCCUGCCCCCACCGCCACCCAAGGAAGAAAGAGAAGAAGAGCCCCCCAUAGAAGAACCACCAGCUGCUGUGAAGACGACCCCUAAAAUCCUGCUGCGGCCGAGCCCAGAGGACGAGGCCAUGUAUGGGACAAACACUGUGAUGGUGAACUUCCAGAAGGGGGAAAGCGUGGGCCUGCGACUGGCGGGAGGCAACGAUGUGGGCAUCUUCAUCGCCGGCGUGCAGGACGGCAGCCCUGCUGAGGAGGAGGGCCUGCGCAUCGGGGACCAGAUCCUGAAGGUGAAUAAUGUGGACUUUCGAGGCAUCGUGCGCGAGGAGGCUGUUCUGUUCCUGCUGGAGAUCCCUAAGGGAGACAACGUGACCAUCCUGGCACAGAACAAGUCUGAUGUUUACGACGACGUUCUGGUGUCUGGCCGCGGGGACUCAUUCUUCAUCCGGACCCACUUUGAGUACGAGAAGGAGGUGCCCCAGAGCUUGGCCUUCGGCCGUGGCGAGAUCUUCAAGGUGGUGGACACGCUGUACGACGGCAAGCUGGGCAACUGGCUGGCCGUCCGCAUGGGCAAAGACCACCAGCUGCUGGAGAAAGGCAUCAUUCCCAAUAAGAGCAGGGCCGAUCAGAUGGCCAGCGUGCAGAACUCGUGCCGUGCCGCGGGCAGCGACCGGGCAGACUUCUGGCGCCUGCGUGGCCAGCGAGCGGCCAAGAAGAAGGACCUGCGCAAGAGCCGCGAGGAUCUGAGCUCCACCCCCGUUAGCACACGCUUCCCCGCCUACGAGAGAGUGGUGCUGCGAGAGGCUGGUUUCAGGAGACCUGUUGUGCUGUUCGGCCCCAUUGCUGAUGCUGCCAGUGAUAAGCUGGCCACUGAGCUGCCAGAUGAGUUUGUCGUUGCCAAAACCGAGCCCAAAGACGCCGGCUCAGAGAAGUCCUCUGGAGUGGUGCGGCUCAACACCAUCAGGCAAAUCAUUGAGCAGGACAAGCACGCGCUCUUAGACGUGACGCCCAAGGCAGUGGACACACUCAACUACACCCAGUGGUAUCCCAUCGUCAUCUUCUUUAACCCCGACUCCAAGCAGGGCGUCAAGGCCAUGCGCCAGAGAGUCAUGCCCAACUCCAACCGCAGUGCCCGCAAGCUGUUCGACCAGGCGGUCAAGCUCAGGAAAACCUGUUCGCACCUCUUCACCGCCACCAUUGACUUAAACUCGGCCAACGACGCCUGGUAUGGCAGCGUGAAAGACUCCAUCAGGGAGCAGCAGACACAAGCAGUCUGGGUCUCAGAAGGGAAGCUGGACGGGACGGAGGCGGACCUUGACCUCCACGACGACCGCAUGUCAUACCUGUCGGCCAUGAGCGCCGACUACCUGAGUGCUGACAGCCGGCUGGCCAGCGACUACGAGGACACGGCGGACGAAGGCGGCGUCUACACGGACAACGAGCCCGAAGGCGAGACGCUGUUGCAGGGCGGGCUGCACGUGUCGGCCAUCAGCCGCUCCUCUGAGCCCGUCAUGCCAGAGGAGAUCCUGCGCCGCUCCAGCCCAGAGGUCCGCGGCCGCGUCAGGAGUGUGGGGAGCAGGGACAGGGUGAGCAGGGACAGGCGUAGCAGCGACCCCCCCGGCCCCAUGUCCACCUUCCUGCCCGAGCCUCCUAAGGUGAAACUCCCUCACCGGGACGAUGGGCCGCGGGGCCCCUCCGAAUCCAGCAGAGGCUACGACUCGCAUUCCAGCAGCCCCGCAAGCAGCGACCACCCGCGCAGUCAGGACUCGCCCGGAGGGGGACGGUCCCUGCCGCCCCCCAACGCUCUCAAGCCGUCCUCUGCGUCCCGCAGCUCCCGCGGCCCGGUCGUCGACAGCCAGCCGCCACUAGGGCUGGCGCUGCGCGGCCCUGAGGAGCCCGAGGAGGGCCCCGACCCAUCGCUCAAGUCCUUCCUGGGGAAGGUGCGAGCCUUCGAGAAGAUGGACCACUUUGCCCGAGCACAGAGGAUGCUGGAGAUACAGGAGGCCCAGAAUGCCAGGCUAGAGAUAGCCCAGAAGCAUCCAGACAUCUAUGCUGUCCCUAAUAAGUCUCAGAAGUUGGACCACAGUCGGCCACAGCCCAUCGGGUCCAGCUCUCGGCCCGAGCCGCAGACGCCGCCCUCCAAGCUGCCCUAUUCAGAUGGGCGGCCGUACCAGCCCAACGAGGAGGAGGACGAGUACCGCCGGCACCUUGCCGAGCAGACGCGGCGAGGCUACUACGCCCAGAAUGCACAGAAGUAUCAGGACACUGAGCUGUAGAAAGAAAGAAGGAAAGAAAGAGGGAGAGAGAGACAUGACGAAUAUGCCCUGCUUGGCUCAGAACACAGCAACACCAUUCCACUGGCAUGGCGCAGCCAUCCAUAACUUUUCACUGCACUCAUUGUGGUCUGGAGAUGCUCUAUGGGAUUGCGAUUGGCCUAGGGGUGUCACUAAUGAGCAUCGAUACAAAUUAUACUGAAAGUGAUUGGAUUUUCCAUAUAGCUGUUGUAGCAAAGACUGAGCUCUCGAUAAGAUGUAAGAAAAACAAAGCCAGUUGGAAAAUCAAACAUACUAAACCCAGCAUAGUGAAGAGCCAUAACAUGACAUUGCAAUAUUGUUUCCAACCUCUCUAACGGCAGCCAUGUUGUGACGGUUGGAUUUAGAAUUCCUCUGUGUCAUCUCCUGAACCACUCCCCUCAGAUCACUGAUUGGUCCAAAAUCUGAUGAGCCAAGCUCUUCUAAAUUGAGGGUUUCCAGACUAUAAUCCCAGCAAAAAACUGACCUGAGAGAUAGUCUGACAGCCCCAUGCUACCAUUCCAGAGGGGCAAUCCCCUAAUCCCAAACUCCCUCUUCCCUACCCCACCUCCUGUGCCCCGCAACAAUCUGCUGCUGACUUGGAAGCCCCCCUGCUUUUAAGUUUCUCACACAUUUUCUUUCUUAUUCUCCUUCUUGCUUUGAAGAAGUUACAAUUUUUUAAACUUUUUUAUUGUAUUUACCACUUGGCUUUUCAGUUGUGUCUUUGUUGUUGUUUUUUCAUCCUUUGUGUUGAAUAUCCAGGAACCAUAUGUUUUCUUGCCUAUGCAAAAAAAAAAAGUUCAGUUUGUGCAGAUCAACUGAAACGUAUUGCCACGACUCCCUUUCACCUCAUUAAACACCUUAAGCCUGUCAUGUGCUACUGUAUAAACGAACGUUUUCUUCUGUUACACUUACGUUUUGUAUCCUUUAAAAUUAGACUAUACCGCGAGUGUCCAGAAUCUAUUACAAAAGGUAACAUGAUAAUAAUAAGGUGUGUGUCCUUUUUAUUCUUUUUUUUACCUCUGUCAGCAUUCCUUUCCUCAUGAUUCUGUGAGUGGAGAACAGGUUAAAUACAGUACACUGGAUUUUGUUACAAUUUUUUGAAGUGCCUUUUUACUUUAUGAAAUAAUGUAGAGGCUUGGGGACGUGACAAUCCAGCCCUCUGGACUUAUAUACACUGCUGCUCACAAGCUCAAAACAGGGAACCGACUAACACCAAAACCUUAAAUGCUGUAUGUGCUUCACCUUCAUCCUCUGCAGAAAUGAAAUGAGUGAUGACAAAGAAGUGUUUCCAAAAAAAAAACAAGUGGUGUACAUGAAAGUAUUGAGAAGUUGUAAAAAUGGAUGCUUGUUUGAUGCUGUCGUCACAAGUCAUAAUAUAGGCCCUACUGUUGCUGUCUCAAGUCUAUACUGUUUUUUCGGCUUGAUUGUACAUUGGCCAGCUGUACCUCCACACAAUGGUUUUAAGUGCUUUUGACCUUCUGUUUUUUAUCUUUUGUCUUUGUCUUCUUUAUUUUUCUCUGAUGGCUUCCACUGUUUGUGGAGAAAUAAUGUCAAGAGAGAGUGGCGAUGACUGGACAAGUCUGUCUGGAUCUGUUGUGGAAUUUCACUUUACAAACACCAAAUAAAUCAACUUAAAUAAUCUUCA